UGUAUUAAAAAUUUAAUGGAAAAAAUCUGGUAGCCAGCGCGAAUAACAUCCUAGACUUUUGGGAUCCAAAUCCAACAAGCAUUUGUAGAAAGAGAGAUUGGGAUCAGCUGCAGCAUAUUGAUAUUUAUCUGUCCUCAUUUUUCGAAUAAUUAACGGUGAAGAUUCGAUCCCCCACAAGCUGUAGACCAUAGCUGUUCUGUGUGAUUCUCUUUUACACAUCAUCUAUGGCGGAUUGAUGAUUAGUUCAAACUCCUAAGGUACAAGGCUUAUCAAAUCAUCUCACGACAUCCUUCGCUUUGGUUUUUUCUCCUUCUUUCCUCUCCUGCAACCACUUCUAUACUCGAAUUCCAGUUCUCGUCUCCUGUUGUCGCGUACGGAAACCCUUGAUUUGCAGUAACAAAAGCCAUCAUUACCAGUGAGUUAACAUACACACGAAAGUCGUCAUUUGUAAGUGGUUGUAUAUCAUUUGAUGCCUGAAGCACUUUGAAGGUUGUUCUGAUGAAGUAACUGGAUUUGUGAAGUUAUAUACUGAUAGAACAGCCAUGUUGCCUUGUUGGAAGGAAUUUAACUUUAAGUUGACUCACACCUCUAUCUCUUUAGAGCUUAUGUUAAAUAGGGCUUUACUUUUAUAAUAAUCUAGAAGACAUGGAAGAUCCAAAAAAGAAGUUCCCUCUCGAUGCAAAGGAUUACAAGCUAUAUGAGGAAAUUGGUGAAGGAGUCAGUGCAUCCGUGUACAGAGCUCUCUGUGUUCCACUAAAUGAGACGGUUGCAAUCAAGGUUCUUGAUUUAGAGAAGUGUAAUAAUGACCUGGAUGGUAUUCGUCGGGAAGUACAAACCAUGAGUUUGAUUGAGCAUCCAAAUUUACUACGUGCAUAUUGCUCUUUCACAACUGGCCAAAGCCUUUGGGUUGUUACACCAUAUAUGGCUGCUGGAUCUUGUCUUCACAUAAUAAAAUCCUCUUAUCAAGAAGGUUUUGAAGAGCCUGUUAUAGCUACAUUGCUGCGAGAGGUUCUUAAAGCUCUGGUUUAUCUUCAUAAUCAAGGCCACAUCCAUAGAGAUGUGAAGGCAGGGAACAUAUUAGUUGAUUUUAAUGGGUCUGUGAAGUUGGCUGAUUUUGGAGUAUCUGCAUGUAUGUUUGAUACUGGUGAUAGGCAACGUUCAAGAAAUACCUUUGUGGGAACUCCUUGUUGGAUGGCACCUGAAGUUAUGCAGCAAUUGCAUGGAUAUGACUUCAAAGCAGACAUCUGGUCAUUUGGAAUCACAGCACUUGAACUCGCUCAUGGGCAUGCACCAUUCUCCAAGUAUCCACCAAUGAAGGUUUUGCUUAUGACUCUGCAAAACGCACCACCAGGUCUUGACUAUGAAAGGGAUAAAAAAUUCUCAAAGUCUUUUAAAGAAAUGGUUGCUGCUUGCUUAGUGAAAGACCCAAAAAAACGCCCCUCAUCAGAGAAGCUUUUGAAGCACCCUUUCUUUAAGAAUGCGCGAACAAUUGACUAUUUGGAAAAUACUAUUCUUAAUGGUCUUUUCCCAUUAGGAGAUCGUUUCAGGAUGCUAAAGGCAAAGGAAGCAGAACUUCUUAUGCAGAACAAGGAAUUAUUUGGGGAAAGGGAGCAUUUAUCACAGCAAGAGUAUAUUCGUGGAAUUAGUGCUUGGAAUUUCAAUCUUGAGGACUUGAAGAAUCAAGCUGCUCUUAUCCAGGAUUAUGAUGAAAUAUCAAAUACAGAACAUCUGAAUGAAAAUCCAAAGCAAGAAAAUGGGCUCAAUGAUGUUGGGUUGCCAACAGAGAGACCUUCCCCUGAGAUAUCUGAUCAUUCAGAUACUGGAUCUCACCAUGAGGAUGCAAUCGAUGAAAUUCCUGAUUUGGAGACUUCACUUGCAGCGUUUCCUAUAAAGCCUCUUCAAGCACUCAAGGGAUGUUUUGAUGUCUGUGAAGAUGAUGAAAACUUAACAGAUAAUGAACAACAAAGUGACAUGAAGCCAUUAAUCAAAGCUGAAGAACAGGAAGCUGAAAGCAAUGAUACUGAUAAUUCUGGACAAAUAAAAUCCUUACCACGUCCUACUGAUGGGCUAAGAAGAUAUCUGAGUGGUUCACUGCUUCCAGAUAAUAAUAACAAUAAUAAUAAUAAUCAUUUUUCUCGUAAAAAGUUGGUUGCUGAUUUUGACAGGGAUCAUCUGCAAUCAAGAUUCCAAGUACAACGCAAUCAUAGUGGUCCACUGCAGUGUCGUCAAAAACCUAAAGGGAAUAAUAUUAAUAAUUCUACAUCUGGUGAGGAUGUUUCAGAAGGAGCUGUGGUCCAGCGUAAGGGACGGUUUAAAGUCUUAUCUGCAGAUCAUAAUCCAAAGAAUCCUGUUUCUAGUGGUAAUAGUAGUACCAAUUCUCCAAUAUCAAUCACAUCAGCUGCUUCUGUUCUUCCAUAUUUGCAAACCAUUCUUCAGCAUAAUGCUAUGCAAAGAGAAGAACUACUUAAAUUAAUCAAGUUUGCAGAUCAAUUCCAUGGCAAUGCUUAUGAGGGGUCAGGAACCAAUGGAUUUUCACAAAUGCAUGUAAAUUCUCCAAGGGAAAGAGAACUGCAGGCUCAGGUUAUCGAGUUACAACAAAGCAUUGGCAGUCUGGUUGAGCAAUUACGAAUACUGAAAACAAGAAAUGCAAAGUUGGAAAGAAGUAUUAGCAGUUUAACAGAAAAAGAUAGCAUCCAAGAAUGAUAUACGAGAUAGCACAUGCUUUAAAUAUAUAUAAUAUAUAUCUUCUCCUAAUAUUAUGUUGUGGUGGCUAAUUGUUGGUUUGUAAAUUUUGCAAGUAUUAAAGCAUAUAUAUGUUAUAUAUUUGUUUGUGAAUGAAUACAAGGAGGAAUGGGGGGCUUAAGGCUUUGAAGUUAUGAGUUGCCAUUCCUCUAUAUAGCAUACAUACAUAGCAUCCAUGUAUAUUCUAUUAAAUGCUGUAGUUUAUGUAUUCAAUAUCAAAAUUAUUAAUCUGGUAUUUUAA